CAUAAAUUUGUGAGACUUCUGAUUUUUUCCUUAAACCCUGAAGUAAGCAAAUUGUAAACAAAUGGCAGAAGACGAAAUGUUGCCAUUUUUAGAGAUUAAUGUACCACCCGACGCGGCUGAUAGUUCCGACAGCGACAGUGAUGGCAGCGACCCUAAUGAGAUGGGGGAAGAGGAAGCAGACUAUGUAGUGGAAGGAAGGGCAGAACAUUCAAAUCCUUCCAAAGUCUCAUCCAGCACUUCUUUUGAUUCUUCCUUGCCAAGUUCACACACUUAUCUCGGAACAGAUCUCGAGGAGAUAAGUGGACGCACAAUUCUUGAUGACGACUCCGAGAUGGAAUUUCCCCUGGUGACUUUGCCUGGGACUAUCCUGGUACCUGGGCAUGUUAUCCCCCUGUAUUCACAUAACCAACAUGAGGUUGCAAUGCUAAAAAGUGUUGUUGAUUCUCCGCAUAAAACGUUUGGUGUGGUGGCUUUGAGGUUUGAUCAACAUCGCCACAUAAUUGCCAGUAUUGGUACGACUGCUGAGAUCUACAGCGUGAAAAAUGAGACGGAUGAGGCGUCUGGAAUAUCCACAAUCACUGUCCUGGCUCAGGGCAGACAGAGAUUUGAACUGAUCGAGUAUCGCCGAACUAUAACUGGGGUCCUUCUUGGCAAAAUCAGAAUAUUGCCGGAUGCAGAACUAGGCAACGCCUUGUACCCCUUGCAGUCUUCGGCCCAGCGUCGACUUUGUUGCCACAGCGAUCGUGAAGAAGAUAUGAAAGUGGCAAUGGAUAGUAAAGGGAGAAUAAUCUCCUGUGUGAGAAUGAAGCCGAGAAGCAAGUUGACGAGAUUCAGUAAUGCCAACUUAACUUGGUGGCCACCCUGGGUGUACAAGAUGUACGACACGGAACUAGUUAUGAAAAGAAUCAAGACAGCACUACAGAAAUGGGAUGACAAGUUACAUCCACAGAAACUUCCAAGUGACGCUACAAAAUUAUCCUAUUGGGUGACCCAGAACAUCCCAUUGGACGACACACUAAAGCUCCACCUACUGAGUAUAAACAGUCCUAUCCAGAGACUCAGAUGCGCUCUGGGAAUUAUGGACAAGUGCUCGGUUUUCUGCUGCCAGCAUUGUAACAAGGACAUCACCGGGAUGUCCAGCAUAUUCAGUAUGUCCGUGUCUGGCCCAUUGAGUGCGUAUGUGAACCCCGGGGGUCAUGUGCAUGAGACGGUCACAGUGCAUGAGGCUCACAACCUCUCCUUGCAGGGACGGCCGUCCACUGAACACAGUUGGUUCCCUGGAUAUGCCUGGACGAUAGCCCAGUGCCGCCACUGCUACAGCCACAUGGGCUGGAAGUUCACGGCUACUAGGAAGGAGCUGCAGCCCAGGAAGUUCUGGGGUCUGUGUCGCUCCUCGCUGGUCCCAGGCAUGGCUGACCUCAAUGAGGGCCCGGAACAAGAGUCUUCAUGGACUCCUGUCAUGUGAUGUGUCAUGUUAUAUGUCAUGUAGUAUGGUCUGUGUCGCUCCUCCCUGGUCCCAGGCAAGACUGACCUCAAUGAGGGCCCAGGGCAAGAGUCAUCAUGGUCAACCGUCAUGUGAUGUGUCAUGUUGUAUGUCAUGUUAUAUGUUCUGGGGUCUCUGCCACUCCUCCCUGGUCCCAGGCAAGACUGACCUCAAUGAGGGCCCAGGGCAAGAGUCAUCAUGGUCAACCGUCAUGUGAUGUGUCAUGUUGUAUGUCAUGUUAUAUGUUCUGGGGUCUCUGCCACUCCUUCCUGGUCCCAGGCAUGACUGACCUCAAUGAGGGCCCAGGGCAAGAGUCAUCAUGGUCAACGGUCAUGUGAUGUGUCAUGUUGUAUGUCAUGUUAUAUGUUCUGGGGUCUCUGCCACUCCUUCCUGGUCCCAGGCAAGACUGACCUCAAUGAGGGCCCAGGGCAAGAGUCAUCAUGGUCAACCGUCAUGUGAUGUGUCAUGUUGUAUGUCAUGUUAUAUGUUCUGGGGUCUCUGCCACUCCUCCCUGGUCCUAGGCAUGGCUGACCUCAAUGAGGGCCCAGGGCAAGAGUCAUCAUGGUCAACGGUCAUGUGAUGUGUCAUGUUGUAUGUCAUGUUAUAUGUUCUGGGGUCUCUGCCACUCCUCCCUGGUCCUAGGCAUGGCUGACCUCAAUGAGGGCCCAGGGCAAGAGUCAUCAUGGUCAACGGUCAUGUGAUGUGUCAUGUUGUAUGUCAUGUUAUAUGUUCUGGGGUCUCUGCCACUCCUCCCUGGUCCUAGGCAUGGCUGACCUCAAUAAGGGCCCAGGUGCAAGAGUCUUCAUGGACUCACCUCAUGUGAUAUAUAUUAGAUAAUGGACUUCCUUUUCAUAAUGUUUUCCAAGAAAACUGUUAAUUUAAUUUUCAGAAUGUAUUUUUGUAAUAUUCUAUACAUACUUUUUGAGUACAAUAAAUACUUUUCCAUGACUGUAUUUUAAAACUUUAUUGAUGCCUGCAUGGACAUGGCCUCAAUGUUUGAGGAUUUUUCUUAAUGCAAUUAAACAUAUAGUUUUGAAGUAAAAUCAAAUGAUAUGAUGCAGUUAUAUAUGCAAGUGCCUACACUACUUUUAAUUUGUAAAAAAUAAUAAUAAAUUCAAAAAGUAAAAUUGCAUAUUUCAGAAAACACAGUAUAUUCCAAGAUUGAUGUCUUUUUCCAAUUUCACAUAAAUGUGUGUUUAUAAUAUUAUCUAUUUUUCUUGUGUUAUUACUUUGUUGGGUAAAUAUAAGAGCUUGUUUUAACAUAAAGUCUGUUGUAAAAGAUACGCUGGUAUAGGAGGUUUGUUAAUUCAACUUGAUUGAAAAAUGAUAUAUUGUAUAUUCAGUUUGUUAAUAUGUUGGUAUGUUAGCAUGGUUCAUUCAAUAAGUGUGAAGGUACACAAUAUAAACAGCAAAUAAG